ACUCAAUUACUAUGUUUGCUGUUCAUGGGCUGAGGAUUGCUGAAUACGAGCCUCGAAAAUAAACCAGUGUCAGGCAGGAUCUACCAUUUGCAUUCAACCAUUUUAUGAACACUUUGAUUCGUCGCCGGAGAAAUUGUCGCUGUUUUCUCUAUUUCAGACACCUCUCAGCCAUCGCCGAUGCUAAAUCAGACGCACCAUCCAUCGAAAUUCCUGGUCCGGGGGUCCCUAAUGUUGACAAGGUGGCAAUUUUGCACGACAACUUGCGCUCAUGUGCAAGAACGGGUUCGAUUAUGGAGGCGGGUGCCUGCCACGCGCAGGUUAUCCGUUUGGGGUUGGAAUCCGACGUUCUAGUUUCGAACAUGGUCAUCAAUACGUACUCAAAGUGCGGGGUGACGAGUCUUGCCCGGAAGAUGUUUGAGGAAAUGCCUCACAGGAACUUGGUUUCCUGGAAUACCAUGAUUAGCUCUCACAGCAGGGAUGGGGAAGAGCAAGAAGCUCUUGUUCUUUUCAUGUGGAUGCAGAGGGAAGGCACGCAAUUUGGUGAAUUUACUGUUUCUAGUGUUCUCUGUGCUUGUGCUGCUACGUGUGCUGUGCUCGAGUGUAAACAGCUGCAUGCUUUUGCCAUGAAGAGUGCUACGGAUUCUAACGUUUUUGUUGCGACGGCGUUGCUUGAUGUUUAUGCGAAAUGUGGUUUGAUAGGUGAUGCAAGUUUGGUUUUUGAGUUUAUGCAAGAGAGGAGCGAUGUAACAUGGAGUUCAAUGAUGGCGGGAUUUGUGCAAAACGACAUGAAUGAGGAAGCCUUGUCGCUGUUUCAUAGGGCUCAAGCGGUGGGGCUAAAAUAUGACCACUUUAUAGUUUCUUCCGCAAUUUCUGCUUGUGCAGGUCUGGUGGCUCUUAUUCAAGGAAAACAGUUUCAUGCCAUUAUAUGUAAAUCUGGGUUUGGUUCCAAUAUUUUUGUGUGCACCUCUCUCAUUGACAUGUAUGCUAAAUGUGGCACCAUUAGAGAGGCUUAUCUUGUGUUUUCAGGUGUAGAAGAGAAGAGCGUUGCUUUGAUGAAUGCAAUGAUAUCGGGUUUUGCGAAACAUGCACGGUCCUUGGAAGCAAUGAUUUUAUAUGAGAAGAUGCGGCAGAUGGGUAUAUAUCCAAAUGAAGCGACCUAUGUUUCUAUGUUAUCUGCUUGCAGUCACGUGGGUUUGGUUGAAAAUGGAAGGAAGUACUUUGAUUUAAUGACCAGAGAUCGUAACGUCUUUCCAAAUGUCCUUCAUUAUUCAUGCAUGGUUGACAUUCUUGGUCGGGCUGGGUUGGUUGAUGAAGCAUACGAUCUGAUCAUUGGAAUGCCCUUUGAUGCCACUCCUUCGAUUUGGGGAUCACUGCUGGCCUCUUGCAGGAUAAGUGGAAAUCUGGGCAUCGCCGAGGUUGCAGCCAAGAAAUUAUUUGAGCUUGAGCCUCAUAAUGCCGGAAAUCAUAUCUUGCUAUCUAAUACAUAUGCAGUGAAUAAGAUGUGGGAUGGGGUUUCUACAGCUAGGAAACUCCUAAAAGAUAGUGAGGUGAAGAAAGAGAAGGGUAAGAGUUGGAUUGAACUCAAGGAUCAGGUCCAUUCUUUUGUGGUUGGGGACAGAUUACAUCCCAAGAUCGCUGAUGUUUAUCUGAAGUUGGAUGAUUUGUUUAAAGAGGUGGAGAGACGGGGUUAUAGAGCUGAAACUGAACACGACCUUCAUGACUUGGAGGUGAUAAAAAAACAAGAGCUUUUAAGGCAUCACAGUGAGAAGCUAGCUCUUGCUUUUGGCUUGUUGUGCUUACCUCCAAGUGCACCUAUUAGAAUUAUGAAGAAUCUCAGAAUUUGUGGAGAUUGUCAUUCCUUUAUGAAGAUUGCAUCAGGCGUCACAAACAGAGAGAUUAUCGUGAGAGAUACAAACAGAUUUCACCACUUUAGUGAUGGGUAUUGUUCUUGUGAAGAUUUUUGGUGAAAAUGCCAGUAAGUUUCAUUUUUAUGUGGGGUUAGUACGCUUUAUCUUGUGCCGGGGGUUCAUUUGGCUUCUGCCUUGUGGUUGGGGCAUAUUAUUGUUCAAUUUCUUCACCAGCGAUCGAUGUUUCUCCAAGAUCUCAAUUAAUUGUAUGCUCACACAGUAGAGAUUCCUAGAUACACUUUGCCCAGGAAUAAACUCAGAUUUUUUGCAGAUGGAGCUCAGAACUAUCCAACUGGGUGGAAGGACCUUUUAUUAGGGAAAAGGAAUAACAGGACUUUGGGUGCCUACUCUGGGAGAAAAGCUAGCAUUGCAUUAUGAUACUUCUCAAGGUGUUACACAGCAAACUGUAUUUGCUAGCUUCUUCGUACUUUUCCUUCGGUGCUUAUAAGAACCACAAUAUGUGCUCUUCUCUUUCUCCCCAUUUGAUCGAGUCUGCGUCUCUCGAUGGAAGGGAAUCCUCACUCCUCCACUGUGGUUCCCCCCACUAUGUUUCAUGCAUGCAAGCGCCGCUUUAUCGGCAAUACCUCCAGAGAAGGCAUUAAUGUCAAUGAUCAACCUGACAACAACACGGGAUUUUCUCGUAGGGCGAUUCAUGGAUCUCUUGAUCUUAAUCAGCCAAUAUCUGAUUCGACAUUGAUUUGGCUUGAUGAUCCAUCACAAAUCCCCCGUCCUGUGGAAGAGAGUGCUGUGCACAAGACUGGAUUGGGACAACUUUUGAAGGGCACAAAUAAGAGAGGCUUUACAGAAUUGGGGACAAAUGGGAAAUCCAUUGACCUAGACUUAACUCUUAGGCUAUCAACCCAGGUGGGCAAUCAAGCAGGUCAAGUUUCACCUCAGUUAGGGUCAUCUUCAGGCAUGCAUUCAGAUCCUAAGUCAAAGAAUGUUCAUGCUGAUGGUGGUGAGCCUAGAGAGCUUUCGUUAAUUACAAUGGGAUGUACUCAUUGCCGGAUGUAUGUGAUGGCCAGCGAAAUAGAUGCAAAAUGCCCAAUUUGUGACAGUUUGGCCUUGCUUGACCAGUUUCGUGGGGACCCAGCUAAGAGCAUGAGGAAGAUGUAGCCUCAUUCAUAUUUCUUAAUUUCAAGUCAAGGAAGCUCUUGGUGCCAAAUAACUUCCUUUGGUGUUUCUUGUUUCAACAUUAUCAUCCUUUUCUUGUCAUCGUUGUUCUUCCUUAUGUGAACUGCUGCGUACAUUUUGUUAUGCAUUUACUUUGUGUGAUUGAAGCACCUAAUAAUACAAUAUGUGGUUUAUUUUGAAGUGAGUUCAAUAGUUUG